GGAAGGCAGGCGUGUCCCGGGGAGCGCGGCGUGCGCAAGGGAGGGCACUUUACUUCCAGGCUCGGGCUCGCCCCCUUCCUUCCUCCGUUCGCCUUCCCAUGGAGCUGGCCGCCCGGCGGCGGCUUCCUCUGUGCCUCUAGCCGGAGCUCGCCCGCCGUCGCCCGCCGCUUUCCUCGCUCGCCGCCUCGCUCGCCGCUCGGCCGCCAUGGGGGACGUGGUCUCCGCACACCUGGACGACAGCCGCCGCCAGUUCAUCGCAGAAAAGACUGGCAAAGUCCUUGGAGAUUUCUCUCAGUUCUAUGAGGAGCAGUAUGGCGUCGCACUCUUCAACAGUGUCCGAUAUGAGAUUGAAGGUGGAGGGGGGCCCCAGGCGCAGCUACUGCACCGCAAGGUUCCACUGGAGGAUCGCACCAUCUUCUCUGGAAAUCUUUUCCAGUACAUAGAAGAAAACAAGAAGUGGAGAAACCGCUACAGCGUUGUGCCACACAAUUAUGGGCUGGUGCUCUAUGAAAACAAACUGGCCUACGAGAGGGGUCUGCAGCCCCGAAUUCUAGUCAACAGUGCCGGUUACAAAGUUUUGACCUCUGUGGAGCAGUAUCUGGACCUGAUCAACAAUAGCCUGCCAGGUCCUGUGCCCAAAUCUGGCAAUUCUGCCAUACUGAAGUGCCCCACCCAGUUCCCGCUCAUCCUCUGGCACCCUUAUGCCCGACACUACUACUUCUGUGUGAUGACCGGCAAGGAACAUGAGAAAUGGCGGGCUGUUUUCCAGGACUGUGUGCGCCACUGCAACAACGGGAUCCCAGAGGACUCCAAAGUCGAAGCUCCUGCAUUCACGGACGCCAUCCGCAUGUACCGCCAGUCCAAGGAGCAGUAUGGCACCUGGGAUAUGCUUUGUGGCAACGAAGGACAGGUAUUGAGCAACUUAGUGAUGGAGGAAAUCCUUCCUGAGCUAAAAAACAUGAUUGGUCCUCGUCUGAAGGGCAAAGCCCAGGAGAGGCACAGAGUCUGGAUCCAGGUCUCUGAUGCUGUGUAUAGGAUGGUCUAUGACCAGACCAAGGCCAGUUACGACGCAGCUGUGACAACAUGUGAAUAUCAGCGUCCCAAGAUGCAAAGCACCAUCCGCACAGACAUGGACCAAAUUAUCCAAUCCAAGGAGCACUUGGCUAGCAAAAUUAAAGCCUCUGUCCUUUCCAAAGCUGAGAUCUGCGUGCGCAACCACAUCCAGCCUUACAUCCCUUCCAUCUUGGAGGCGCUGAUGGUUCCCACCAGCCAGGGCUUCGCCGAGGUCCGAGAGGUCUUCUUCAAGGAGGUCACUGACAUGAACUUGAACAUCGUCAAUGAAGGGGGAAUGGAAAAGCUGGGAGAGUAUAUGGCCAAGGUUUCGCAGCUGGCUUUCCACCCAGUGAAAAUGCAGCCCUGCUACGAGAAGAUGGACCAGCUCAAGCUGGAUGGGCUGCAGCGAGAGGAGCUUUGAGGUAUUGUCAGUGCUCCUCGGUCAUCUUUCAAACAAGCGAGGAGAUUGGAUGAUCGGCAGCAAAUGGACGAUGCUGUCUACACCUUUGAGUCUCUUCUUCAUCAGGAGCUUAGUAAAACACCAAACAAGGAAGAGCUCUGCAAGACAAUCCAGCGCAUCUUGGAGCGUGUGCUGAAGAAAUACGACUAUGACAGCAGCACAGUGCGGAAGAAGUUCUUCCGGGAAGCCCUACUGCAGAUCACCGUCCCCUUCUUGCUAAAGAAACUGGCACCCACUUGCAAGGGGGAUUUACCAAAAUUCCAGGAGCUGAUUUUUGAAGAUUUUAGCAGGUUCAUCCUUGUGGAAAACACAUAUGAGGAGGUGGUGCUGCAGUCUGUCAUGAAGGACAUCAUGCUGGCUGUGAAAGAGGCAGCGGUGCAGAGGAAACACAACCUUUACCGCGACAGCAUUGUGAUGCACAACAGUGACCCCAACCUGCAUUUGCUCAGUGAGGGGACACCCAUCGACUGGGGGGAGGAGUAUGGCGGCCAACCAGACUCGGAUCCUUCAGACGAAAAACGGCGUCGGGCCAAGCAAGUGGUGUCAGUCAUUCACGUGGAUGAAGCGGCUGUGCCUUAUGAGGUCACGUCUCUGGAGGGAUCCCCAGAAGUGACGGAGCCAGAAGAAUCGGGCCGCUCCCCUGGCUCUCCUGACAGCGUGAAGGAGCUUCGUGGGAUGUUGGUGAAGACGUUUCAAGUGGAGACCCCGGUGGUGGUGGCCGAGAAGGUGGAGGAGCAGUUGAGCAACGGCACCGUCAUUCAGGAGAGCAAAGAAACCGCAAAGGAGAAAGAGGAAAAAGCGCGGGCGGAGGACCACCCCGCAGGAUUCCCCGGCACUCAGCAGGAUGAGGAACAGGAGGCCGUCGCCAACACGCCAGCUUCUCCUUCCAAACUGCCAACCCUGGCACCCUCUGGAGAAAUCCAGGUGGACUGCCUUAAGCCCAGUGAUAAGGAGACAGGGGAGGAGGUGUCAGCCCGGAUCCGUGAGGCCAAAGCGGAGCCUCCCUCAGCAAGUAGCCACGAAGCCACAGAAGACAGCGAGGGGAUACAGACUAGGGCGGUUUUAAGCCGAGGCCCCCCUUAGGCCACUGGUGAUUAGCACCAAAAGAGCAGACUGGAGCUGGUGACCCCAAGUGGGGGUGAGGCGAGGCGCAGGGCAAGUGGCCCGGGAGCCUCAGCUGGUCCAGCAGCAUCCCUGUUUUGUGGUGUGGCUGGAGCCCUCUGGAGGGUGUUGCCUUUGGGGGGAAAGCGAGGAUGAAAUCCCAAAACAACCUUGUUUGCGGCAAGGGGCUUCAGCUGCCUUGUGGGACUGGGCUUUUGCUGACCUUUGUGGGCCUCCGUAGCCCUUCAUAGCUUGCUUUCUCCCUCUUUUUCUUUGCACCUUUCGUCUACCAAUUGGAUUGUUGAAGUCCCCCUGCUACUGAUGCUCGAUCCUGGAGUUUGAGAAUGUGUGAAGCAGUGUGGCUGUCAGAUUCCUGCCUGCACAGCUAAUGUUUAUUGUUAGCAUCAAUCACACUUGGUCCCAUAACUCAGUCCUAUGUAACUCCACCUUGGUAGCUCUCUUAUUGAUGAGGGAAGCCGAUUUAUGCAAGCAAUUCUCUGCUCUGGCCCGCUCCAGCACACUCCAUUUGAACCAUUACAGGGAUGGAAAACUUUGUCUCCGGUCUCCCAACCCCUCCCCAAAUUAGCAGAGAUGCUGCCAUUUCAUAGCCCAGCUUCCUGGGACCACAGAGUCCAAGUUGAGCAAGGUGAGUCCAAGUUGAGCAACUUUAACUCUGAAAGGAGAGGCUUAAGGUUUAAAUGAAAGCCAGAAACAGGAUGUGAUGUCGAAAGGUGAGGUGUGAACCGGAGCAGGUGAAGUUAACAGACUCCAUCUUUUAGUUUAUUACCAGCUGGCAUCUUGGAGCAAAC